CCCCUCUGCUGGUGCAGCGUUUCAUGCUAAACCUCCGUCAGCUUGAUUAUGCCACCAGUGAAAGCAAUUCGGAUGCACAGCAAGUCUCCCGCUUCUCCGUCAGCUUCAGGGUGCCUUCGGAUUUCCUCGGGAAUAUUGGCGAACCUCUGGAAUACGGCCAAUCAGAGCGAGUAGAAGACAAUGACAACGACGGAAGCAGUGCGGCAGAAGAGUCAUGGGACGGACUCGAAGGGGGAAGUUUCACGCAUCUGCCGGGUCCAUCGUUUACGCGUCGGGACAACCCAAUGGAAUCCGGCGCCGAUCUUAUGUUGCAAGCCGCUGAACGUGCAAGCGAAGGCGGCAUCGUCGGAUCGUCCGCUAACUCGGGCAGAAUGGUGGCGGGGCCUUCUACAUCCACUCAUUAGGUGAGUACUCUGUU